UGAUUUGUAACCUACAUUAACCUUCACUUAUUUGGAGGGGUGGGUUUUUAUGAAACGACUCAGUCAUCAUGUUUAACGCAGCUGUGGGAGGAAACACACAAACAUGAGCAGCCCGGCAGUGCCACCAAGUGGUUGUACCUUUGGUGAUAAACUGGAAGGAUCCUCUCUUUCAAAAAAAAAAAAAAAAAAAAAAAAAAAAAUCCUGCGGAGAUUCUGGUGUGAGGGGAGCGCUCGUUGUCCUCAGCACAGAAAAUUAAGUUAAGUUAUUAUUAUUUUUUUUUUAAAAAGUAGUUUGUCACAUCAGCUGUAAACUUCCCCUGGAUUAAAACUUUGUAUCGAACUCUGGGAUCUGAAACAAAAACCGCAAGAAAACUUGGUUUUCCAGGAGUGAUCAUCUGUGUGUUUCUGACAUGCCCCUCAGCCGCAGUGUUGCUGUGUUCAUUUUGUUCUUCACAGCUGGCUCUGGUACCAUAGAGCACGACAGCUACAAUGAAUUUACAGAGGAGGAGUACACUCCUCAGCUGAACUACAAAGACCCUCACUGGUGUCAUUCUCCGAGUCUGACCAAUGGGGAGGUGACCUGCCACUCUCCUCGGGGAGGGGCCUACAGAAGCACACUGGGCACCCGCUGUGAGAUGAGCUGCGACCGAGGUUACCGACUGCUGGGGAGGAGCUCGAUUCAGUGCCUCGCCAACCGCCGCUGGUCUGGGACUGCUUACUGCCGCAGGAUGCGUUGCCAUGUGCUGCCCCUCAUCCCACACGGCAGAUACACCUGCACUUAUGGCUUUGUGGUAGACUCCAGGUGUGACUUCACCUGCGACCCUGGCUAUCGCAUCGAGGGGGAACACUCACGCACCUGUCAGCACAGGGGGUCAUGGAGCGGAGUACAGCCAGUUUGUUCAGAUACUGAUCCUCCAAAGAUCAAGUGUCCCCCGUCCAGACUCAAGGUUGCCGAGCCAGGAAAACUCACUGCCCGGAUAACCUGGGACCCCCCCACUGCUACAGACACCGCUGACAAAUCACUCAAUGUAAUAUUAGUGGGCCAGGAGCCAGACACCGAUUUUAGUGAAGGAGCAAAUAUCAUCCGAUACAAAGUGUACGAUCAAGCCAGGAACAGAGCUGCCUGCAAGUUCAUUGUCCGUGUUGAGGUGAGAAGAUGUCCAGUACUGCCUCCACCAAUGCAUGGCUACCUCAUCUGCACCUCAGAUGGGAAUAACUACGGUGCAACAUGUGAAUACCACUGUGAUGGAGGAUUUGAGCGGAGGGGGGUAUCUAGUCGUGUCUGCCAGUUCAACCGCAGCUGGGGCGGAAAUGCUGCUGAGUGUGUUCCAAUGGAGAUUAAGUCAGAUGUAAAGACAGCCUCAGCUCUCCUGGAUCAGUUCUAUGAAAAGAGGAGGCUGCUGAUCAUGUCUGCACCCAACAUAUCGGACCCAGACUACCAACUGCAGAACAUUAUGAUACAGAAAUCAGACUGUGGAUUAGACUUGCGACAUGUAACCUUGAUCGAGCUCCUGGGCUCGCCGCCUCGGGAGACGGGUCGCAUCAAAGAAAGUCUGCUUGGCUCUGAAGUCAUCGAGGGUUUGAGACAAGCGUUCAGAAUCUCCAGAUUCUACUUCAGCAUGGUGCUGCUGGACAAGCUCGGACUGGACCGAGAGCGCUUCAUCACUCCGAUGGCGUCGGAUGAGCUGUUCUCCUACAUCGACAGCUUCCUGCUGGAUGAAGAGGAACGAGAGAAGCUCGAGCUCCACAGAGACUUCUGUGACUAAUUUAAUAAACCCCUCUGGUUGCCACAGUGAUAAACUCAUCAGUAUUGCUAUCACAAGAUGGGAAGGGACCAUAAACCAGAAGCCAUGUCCAGAGGAUCAUAGGGAGGACAAGAAGGCAGUUCCUCAUGUUCAAAUGUGAUUAUUAUGCAACACUGUGUAGUGAAGCGAUAGCACUGUCUUCUCUAUAUCAGGUCAUCAGCUGAGGGGCAUGGAGGCCACCACAGAUACAGAGCACAAAGCAGACAAGGCUUAGGGAGAAAGAUACAGAUUAUACAAAGAAAUCCUGUCAGUAACCUGAUAUUUCAUGAGAACUAAAAGACCUAAAAUGAUAAUAAAACCACCACAGCUACAACAGACUACUGAGGAGAACUCGAGUGGACGGAUAAUUAAAGAAUCCUGCUGGUAAUACAGAGAUGAGGCAAUCAGGCAUGCCAUGGGUUUAGUUUAUUUUUAUGGGUGAACACAAUAUUUAAGGCAACCCUGAGGUAAAAAGUGACUCUGAUCACACUCCACUGAGGAGUUAAAAGGUUUUAAAAUUUUUCAUAUUUGAAAAUAGACCAUUUUAAUAAUUUCAAAUAAAGCUUCUUCUUCAACGUAUAUAAAUAUAAUUUUACAUGAUACUAGUAAAGUAAAAUACAGUGGUAUAGAUUAAUCUAAGCACAAUUUUGUUGGAUGCAACAUCAGACAGUUCUGUAUAAUACGAGUUUAUAAUAAAUUGUUUCCCCGUGGAUCAGAGUAAUUCUAUA